UCUUCCACCUACAUCCUUUUCUUCCUCCUUUCUCCAACCAAGGUUAAGGUGCUUUUGUUAGAUCAGUAAAUCAAGGUAGCAGCCUCUUGGUUUAGGAGCUUUUGGCAUGGGACUUGCAUGCUCGUUGUAUGUACCAGCUAAGGCCUCGUGUUUUCGAUAGGGAGGCAGAUCGAUGUUUUACCAAAACCAUGACUCAGCUUUUGUUUUUGAAAAGCUUUGAAGAAGAAUUUGCCUCUGCAUUAGAUGCACCUAUUACUUAAUGUAUGACAUAAUUCUUGUUAACAUGAACCUUUUCUGUACCAUCUUUAAAUUAAAAAGUUAUCUUAACUAAGUUUGUUGCUUCUUUUUUUGUUUUUUGGUACAGUUCUUUGACCAUUAUUGAGGCAAAAGGAUGCCUAUUUAAUUCCACUCUUUUGAGAAGAUGGAAAUAAUAGACGUGACUAGUUUUCUUGUAAGUGUUUGUAGGAUACUCGUUAGAAUAAGACUAAGAUUUUUCCAAAUUUCAUUUUAUUUUGAUUGUGAUGUAAAAGUUUAGCCAACAUUGUUGAUAAAAAAAAAAGAGAGAAAGUUUUAAAAAGCUUUUUUUAAUAGAAGUUGUGCUUUAUGCUAUGCACCUUUUGAAGGCUUUUGGCUUCCACUAGUGGCAUCACUAACUAAAAUAUAUUUUCGUUAUGUAGACCCAACCAUUGAAGUUGUAUUGCACAUCCACAACCAGUAUUAGCAAUCUAGGACUAUUAUUGUGUUGAUGGGGUCAAUUUACUCCAAUGGAGUAAGUAUUUUCCUUGAGCAGAUCUUGAAUGACAAUUUGUUUCUUGCAAUCUUAAUAACAAAAAAUUGAGACUAGCAAAGUUAAAUCAAUAAACUUUCAGAUUUAAUCUUUCUUUUAUGCCUAUGAAUAAUCUUAUAGGUUUGCGUGAUGCAGAUUUACUAAGUAUGUCUUUAAACAACUUCUUAUUGAUAAUAACUACCAUUCACUAGAAAGAUAGUUAGAUCUUGGGUUAUGCAUAGAAUUUUGAUUUCAUUGUUCGAGAUUUUUAUUUCAAAAUGCCUUUUCUAUUUUGCAGUUGUUAAAGAUGGAGUUGCAAAACAUAUCUUGGUUUGAUGGACACUAUUAUGUAUGUAAGAACUAAAUUGUAUUGACUUUAGUUUGUAGCUAUUUAAUCAAUCAUUCAUCAACAA